AUCAGACAUCGACUCAACAUCAACAUCGACGUCGUCAUCGAUCUCCAUCCCUUUCUGCUUCGUCUUCUAUGUUGUCGUCUUUAUCAUCAACAUCAAAAUCAUCACAGCUCCUUGCUUCGAAUACCUACCGUAUCCACUUUCUUUCAUCUGCUCUGAUCACACCAAAUUGGGUACGGUACUACCACUAGUUACGACCAGUUCAUACUACCAAAUUCAUCGUCAUGAUUGUGAAAUCACGGGAUCAGGCCUCGAAUAUCAAUUAUAGCAACCUCCGUCCCAUAGUAGAAGACAUAGCUCUUUCCUCUUCGUCCGACACUGGCUCAUAGACCAGGCUUCUAUUCUACCAAUCGACAGUAAAGAGCUUUUGAUCAUGCGGUCCACUUCGUCCUUCACUACUCUCCCGACGGAGAUCCUUGAAGCCAUAUUCAUGCAGCUUGACCCCCAAUCCUUCGUCAGUGUAUCAAUCACUUGCAAGUCUAUUCACAAUGUAGCGUCUGAUGCCCCUAUCGUUUGGCGUCAUUUCUGCAGAACUUGCUUUGGCGCCUGGUCUACCCACCACAAAAUUCAGUCUAAACUCAGUGGCCCUCUUUCGGAAGUCGACUGGAGAGCCUUAUUCCUUCACCGCAUGUCUAUAGCUGGGGAAGCACGUCGCUUGCUGGACCAGCUGCUGAAGACUCAACAAGGCCGUGUUCGAUACAUCACAAAAAUUGCAGACUUUGGCUACGAUGCAAAGGACGUGCUGCUAAAAGAGCUAUCUUGUUCCGAAGAAGCAGAGGAUGUCUUAGCAAGGCGCUUUUAUGCGAAUGCAUUGCUUGAACGUAUACAACGUGAAGCAGCCAUAAAGCUUUGGAAAGACUUGGCUACCGGCGACAGCAUUCUCAUGGAGACGGCACUGGGGGCAUACGAUGUUUUCGCUCUCACCGGCCCCGAAGUGGGAUUCGAUCAUAUCUCACGAGCGUUGGAUACUCUUUCCGCAGCAGUCCGAGUCCAGUUCCCAGAGUUCGGGGAUCUAAGUACGAGACGCAAGGCCUCUACGUUGGCGUCGUACCUGCGCGACCAAGGCUUCAGGGGUGUAUCUGAUACAUCAUACGGUGCCCUGCGCAACUCCUUCAUUGGCCUCGCAUUGCGCUCCGCUCAACACGAAUCCCUUCCAUUGAUUUCAGUCGCGAUAUACUGUGCUCUUGCAUCCCGAUUGGGUCUUGAUGCGCGUCCCUGCGGGCUUCUGUUCCAUGUAUAUUGUAUUGUAUAUGCCCCCGGAGGUUACACGCUCGACGGGGUGUAUAAACCAACUAGUUCCGAGAGCAUCGAAUCCAUGCACAUCGAUCCUUUCCGCUCUAGUCAUGAAGUUCUUCGGUCGGAUCUCCAAGCACAACUUCAUAGCUAUGGAAUUCCAUCCGCUGAACAUGCACGUUAUCUCGCCCACGCUACGACCAGAGAGAUGGUCGUUCGCACAGCCCGUAACAUCAUCAAUUCAGUGCAGACUAUCCGAGAAACUGAGCGAGGAAUGUUUGGUAUUCACGCGACCUGGCUCAAUGCUUAUCCUGAUAUGGAUGCUGCCUUCUAUGCUACGAUCUGGGUGAUGCUAGUUCUUGGGCCAGGUGAAGAGGACAGUGACGAUGUUUCGAAUGUCUCGAUGCGGAGGAGGCAGUAUCUGCCAUAUCUGCUUGAGCACUUCCAAACACACUAUCCUUGGGAUGUGUCGCUUCUCACGCAGCAUGUAAUUCCACUUUUCCGUCACCAACCCGAAGGCCAACGACUCCUUGAAUUCGUCCACUCUUUGCAUCGGGUAGACACUCUACCAAAAACAGUAAAAGUGCGUUCUGAAAAUACCCUCGACGUUGAGUUCAUGAUCGGCCAACUUUUCACACAUAAGAGGUACCACUAUGAAGGUGUCAUUACGGGUUGGGAUACCUCAUGUGAAGCAGGUGAAGAAUGGAUACAACAUAUGGGGGUUGAUAGACUCUCCAAAGGCCGACAACAGUCCUUCUACCAUGUCUUAGUUUGCGACAAGUCAGUUCGAUAUGUCGCGGCCGAAAACAUUGAACGCGCACCACCCUCCUUGAAACCAUCGGAAGCGAUGAUGAGAAUCGCUGGUCGUCAUUUCAAACGCUGGGACGAUGCUAAGUCUGUCUUUGUGAGUAACAUUCGGGACGAGUAUCCCGAUGAUUAAGUGGAUUUACGGGUAGCGGUGUUGCAUAAAUAAACUAGUGGAUGGCUCGUCAUACUUCGAUGACUUGGGAAGUUCGAAUUCAAAGUAAGAGGAUCACGGAUUGAUGCCUACUUAAUACUGGCUCAGAAACAGUACACAGACCGUGUCAAUGUCGCACAAUAUCCAGCUGCAACGCAAAAUGACAUCUAGAGGAAAACGUCGAGGAACAGGCGAGCGAAAUGAACAAGGUCUAUAUUAAGUACACGCUAUUAUACAUCUUAUACCGUCGAAGAGGCGAAUCGGCUCCUUGCCUGUUGACAAGAAUUUGGAUCUCCCAUGAAACGCCUACAAAUGCUCAAUCAUUUCAUUCUUCGUCGAGGCAUCGCGCCUCGACGGUCGUGUCUGUUUCUAUUGCAGCAGUUUCUUACCCCUUC